GAAUGCGCAUCUAGACGUCUGAAUCACGUUACCAGUGACGACAAAGCCUUCAUGACCUUUUGGCAUGAUGGCUGGCUUCAGAAUCUCCUUCGGACCUCCGGUGGAGCUGAAUUUGAAUUGGCGUUGCUUCGACGGGAAUGUGACAGUUUGAGAAAAGCCCUUGAUGAUUCUACUCGAAGGGAGCAAGGCCUGGCGGCCCAACUCCGAGCUCACCGUGUUCUCCAGGAACAGGCAGCUGACGGUCGUGUGGUACCGUUGGCUAUUCUAGAUGCCGCGCCCUCGGCGCGAGGUGGAGAGGCACAUACCGCACUCCACCCGGACUCUAGCUUCUUAGGUCCGCUGCUGCAACUGAUCAGCGACGCCGCAUGUGUCGAGAUUUUGCUCACCGCGUUCACCUAUGACGAUCCGGAGCUCACAUCUGCUGCUACCGCAGCCAAGCUGCGAGGAGCCUCUGUUCGAUUGCUUAUCGAUCUGCAGAAGGCCCAUGCAUGUAAGGAAUCGGGAAAGAUUUUGCUGCAGCUCCUGGAUUCACAGGUCGAAGUUCGCACCACGUGCGGAAGAUCCCUUUCGGAAGUUUAUGGAGGUAGCUUUAGAGGUUUCAAGGGAGCGCUCCAUGCCAAAACCGCUCUUAUCCGAAGCCGUGCUUCGGGAGGCGGAGAUGAUGGAGUGGCUUUAUUCAUAGGUUCCCAUAACCUCACUAAAGCCUCCCGUGCCAAUCGCGAGUUCGUGACCGAGUUACGACUCGCCGCGAGCGAUACUCGCGUUGCUACAUACCGGGCGUGGUAUGAGAGCAUGUGGAGCGCGUCCGAAGGGAUCCAAGUAGAGGCUGGCGCCGCGCCACGCCGCCGCGUGCGAGGCAAAAACGCCCUGCCGAACGCGUCUGCCGCUGCCGACUGA